UCAAAAAUGAAAACAUACAUUUUCCUGCCUAUCUAGAACCUUCCGCUCACGACAUAAGGUGAGCGUCUACUCUUUCUAUAUCUAUGGUGGCGAGAACGUAAAAAUGACGAACGCGCUACGUUAAAUUUUAAGGACAAUAGGAGUAUGGAAAAAUUCAACAAACUCUGGGUCAGCCUGUGAAUUUUGAGUUAACUUGCUCCGAGUGGAGAAACCCAGGAUCUUCGCUAUCAGAACCGCCGAUUUCCAUGAGUUCGGUGGACUCGGAGUUGGUUCACCUGGAAGCAAGCGCAUGCACCAGCGCUAUUCAAAGCCUUCAUGCGGAUGCUUUCAGUGCACACACCAACGGCUCCAAAAAGAGAUCGAGUUAUUUCACGCCGCUAGAGCAGACGGUCCUCCUUCAGGCUUAUGAAGAGCAUGCUCACAUAUUUAGUAAAAAGAGCAACAAGGCAGCAGCAGCUAAAGCGAGACAGGCUGCAUGGAAGAGCGUUGCUGCCCGAGUCAAUGCGUGUAACUCAGGGGAAAGACGGACUUGGAUGCAACUGAAAAUGAAGUAUAAAAAUAUGAUUCAGAAAGCUAACAGAAAACGGGCUGCGGCCCGUAAAAUCGACAGUGAGCUACUAAUCCCACCCCUGACUGAGGCGGACGGGCUGGCCAUCACCCAAAGCUCCCCCAGACCUGUUUCCGAAGGCACCUCUGCAGACAGCUCACCUGAACCGGGGGCCCACCAAGACACAGGUACCUAUGUCAGAGCAGGUACAGACGGUGUUUACGUUGUUGAGCCUUCAGCCACUGCAACAGGGGAAGAGCCUGCAGUCGAGGAUGAUGUUCUGUCUGCUGCCACCAAGAAGGAAGCUGAGAUUCAUACUGAAAGAAAGGCUGGCCACUACCAGGACGGGGUUCCACCAACCUCCACAGCACGGCUCGACACAGUGGGCUUUUAACAUUACCAGUAGGAGAGUUGUACAGGCAUCACCUCCUUAAGACUAUUGAGAAAACGGAUAAAGAAAUCACGUAUUUGGACCGCCAAAUCAAGAAAGCGGACCUAGAAAUUCUUAUACUGGAGCGCCAGUUGAGGUGGGUGCAUUUCCUUCACAGGUCAAACAUAAUAACACCAUUACAAAUCCUAAUAUUAGUAUUUGUCUAAUAUUCUUCUAGGGAAUAAAGAAGACUGAAUUAUUUAUUAUUUGGUGGAGAGACUUGUUAGGAGACUAUCCUUACAUCUGGGAUGUCUGAAAGGAGUUGCGGAGAACUCAUGCUACAGUAGUGUCACAUGAUUGACCUGCUAGAUUGACCUUAUAGUGGAACUGGAACAAGAAUCUAGGAGCUGGUCAUCUGAACCUCAAGUCCCAGCUCAUGGCUGCGGGUAGUGGACCGCUCUCUGCCCUGUCCUUAGCUGGUAUUUAUGAAAUCAUCUUAUGACUACUGUGAAUACAUUUGAGCAUAGAGUGGUGGGAAUAACACGCAAAGCUUUAGGUUUAAUAGUGCAUCCAAAUACGGAACUCACACUAUACAUUUGAGUUGUUUGGUGUGAUUUGUACUAUUAGUUAAGACCUUAUUACAUACUCAACAGUGGGAUUAUUAGGCACUAUAAUGCCUAAGGGUUGUUCUGGUGCCAACUCUGUAGCUCUAAGAGUUGUUACUUAAUGGUGAAGACGACUUGCUGAAGUUAAAACCAACCAUCAAAAUGGAGACUUUGUUCUCUAAGGUUUACAGAGAACAGCACAAAACAGAGGAAGCAUCGAGUGAGCAACAGUCGUGUGCAUAAAAAUGUCUUUGAGUUUAGAGGUUAAAGGCGAAUGGGCAACAGAAGCUCAAAUAAAACUUUGUCACUACCAAGCAGACAGAGCUUUUCUGUUCUGUUUCUCUAAAAGUCUGGAACUCCCUUCCUCUGACUCACAUCAGUUCUCUGACUUCCUUUGAAGGCCAGCUAAACACAUCUUUUUAAAUCCGAUUUUUUGUUGUUGUUAUUCUGUGUUUGCUGAAGCACUUUGUGAUUUUCAUCUUGAAAGGUACUGUACAAAUAAAAUUUCACUUACAAAGAUAUGCAGAAUACCAUCUGUAAUUCUUAGAGCAGAUGGGCUGCAGCAACAGACGAUGGCACCGGAGCAGCUGCUCCUGUGAGCAGAAAACUGAGGCAAUACAAUAUCACUGUUUGGGCAAUUUAUCUAGAGCAAAGAAGAAAAGAAGAGGGCUUUUUAAUACAAGGGCUUUUAUUGGUCAAUUUAGCCAAGUUGUUGAGUUGAAAUCUGCAAAAAAAAAAAUUUUUAAAAGAGCUCAAUCACAGGAGAAAUGCCUCCAAAUGUCACUUUAUCAUGCAUCUUAAAGGUUGAACUCUUCAAGGAUGACCAAAUAUUAAGCUCAUUU